GUUGCCGAGGUAACAAGGCGGGGCCAAGGAAGGGGCGGGGACUCCACCAUCACUGCCGGUGUCCCGGAGAGAGGAGCGGGAGGAUUCACGGCGAGAGCGGCUUCCCUCCCCACCGUCAGAGACCGGUCUGAGACUCCUCCCCCUGCGCCACGCAGCGACUGAAGACUUUCAUCGCUCGUGCCAUCUAGCUUCUUAUCAUGGCUUCCGGGCUCGGGCCCUCGUCGCCGGGCAGCGAAGGAGAGAUUGAAGUCAUGUUAAACAGCAGCCACCACCAAGAUGAUGACGAUCUUGAUGAGGAUCUCUCGGAAGUCGAAACGCCUAAAAUAAAGAAGAAGAAGAAACCCAAAAAGCCAAAAGAUUCAAAGCCCUCCAAAGGAAAGAGACAGAAAAAGGAGGAUGUGGAUGAUAGCUCAGGAGAAGGCAACGAUUUUGGGGAGGACGAUGUUGGACACGUUCGCUCAGACAGUGAAGGCAGUGAUUACACCCCUGGCAAGAAGAAAAAGAAGAAGCUGGGGCAGAAGAAGGAGAAGAAAACCAAGGUGAAGCGUGAGGAAGAAGAGGACGAUGAUGAUGACUCCAAGGAGCCAAAGUCUUCUGGUCAACUUUUGGAGGACUGGGGUAUGGAGGAUAUCGACCAUGUGUUUACAGAGGAUGAUUAUCGUACACUGACUAACUACAAGGCUUUCAGUCAAUUUGUCAGACCUCUCAUUGCAGCCAAGAACCCAAAGAUUGCUGUCUCUAAGAUGAUGAUGGUCCUGGGUGCCAAGUGGAGAGAAUUUAGUACAAAUAACCCUUUGAAGGGAAGCUCAGGCGCUUCUGUGGCUGCUGCCGCUGCUGCUGCUGUUGCUGUAGUAGAGAGUAUGGUGGCAACUAAUGAAGUGGUUGCUCCCCCACCACCACCACCAGUUCCUGAAGUUCCCCUGCGCAAGGCUAAGACAAAGGAAGGAAAAGGGCCUAAUGCCAGGAAGAAACCAAAGACUGUCAAACCUCCAGAAAUUAAGAAGCCCAAAGCCAAGAAAGUUGCUCCUUUGAAAAUCAAGCUUGGGGGCUUUGGUUCCAAACGCAAGCGUUCUUCCAGUGAAGAGGAUGAUCUAGAGGUGGAUUCUGACUAUGAUGAAGGCAGCAUGAACAGCCUGUCUGUUUCAGAUGGAUCUACCAGUAAGAGUAGCCGGAGUCGGAAGAAACUGAAAGCCAGCAAGAAGAAGAAGAAAGGUGAUGAGGAGGCAGCUGGAGGAGUGGAUGGUUAUGAAACAGAUCACCAAGACUACUGUGAGGUUUGCCAGCAAGGUGGGGAGAUCAUCCUGUGUGACACCUGUCCCCGUGCUUACCACAUGGUCUGUCUGGACCCCGACAUGGACAAAGCGCCUGAGGGAAAAUGGAGUUGCCCACACUGUGAGAAGGAAGGAGUGCAGUGGGAAGCAAAAGAGGAUAACUCUGAGUGUGAUGAAGACAUGGAGGAUGCCGCAGGUGAUCCAGAGGAGGAGGAUCACCACAUGGAGUUCUGCCGUGUUUGCAAGGACGGAGGGGAACUGCUUUGUUGCGACACCUGUCCUUCUUCUUACCACAUACAUUGCCUAAAUCCUCCAUUGCCGGAGAUUCCCAACGGAGAAUGGCUGUGUCCACGGUGUACUUGCCCUUCCCUGAAGGGUAAAAUCCAGAAGAUAUUGACCUGGAAAUGGGGUCAGCCUCCUCCCCCUACUCCUGUACCACGUCCGCCAGGAUCGGAUCCUAGUGCCCCUCCACCCAAGCCUCUAGAGGGUAGACAAGAGCGAGAAUUUUUUGUUAAGUGGCAUAGCAUGUCUUAUCUGCACUGCUCCUGGGUCACAGAGCUCCAGCUGGAACUUCACUGCCAAGUCAUGUUCCGAAACUACCAGAGAAAAAAUGACAUGGAUGAGCCUCCUGCUGGGGAUUAUUAUGGAGGUGACGACGAAGAAAAGAGCCGCAAGAGGAAAAACAAAGAUCCUAAAUAUCUUGAGAUGGAGGAGAAAUUCUAUCGUUAUGGGAUCAAACCAGAAUGGAUUAUGAUUCAUCGCGUCUUGAACCACAGUGUUGACAAAAAGGGGAAUGUUCAUUAUUUGAUCAAGUGGAGGGAUCUGCCUUAUGACCAGGCAUCCUGGGAGCUUGAAGAUGCUGAUGUACAGGAUUAUGACAUAUACAAGCAAGGCUACUGGAAUCACAGGGAGCUGAUGUGUGGUGAUGAAGGACGUCCUGGUAAAAAGAUCAAGAAAGUUAAACUUAGGAGACCUGAACGCCCCCCUGACACCCCAACCGUAGAUCCUACAGUUAAAUAUGAUCGUCAGCCUGAGUAUCUGGACAUCACGGGAGGCACACUUCAUCCGUAUCAGCUGGAGGGUCUGAACUGGUUGCGCUUUUCAUGGGCACAAGGCACAGAUACCAUCCUGGCAGAUGAAAUGGGAUUGGGAAAAACUGUGCAGACAGCAGUAUUCCUGUACUCUCUUUAUAAAGAGGGUCAUUCAAAAGGUCCAUUUCUAGUCAGUGCUCCACUCUCCACCAUUAUUAACUGGGAGCGUGAAUUUGAAAUGUGGGCCCCUGACAUGUACGUUGUCACGUAUGUGGGAGACAAAGACAGCCGUGCCGUCAUCAGAGAAAAUGAGUUUUCCUUUGAAGAUAAUGCAAUCCGAGGUGGCAAGAAAGCUUCCCGUAUGAAGAAAGAAGCGUCUGUGAAAUUCCACGUACUUCUGACAUCCUAUGAGCUAAUUACGAUUGACAUGGCCGUGCUUGGCUCUAUAGACUGGGCAUGUCUGGUUGUGGAUGAAGCUCAUCGUCUGAAGAACAACCAGUCCAAGUUUUUCAGGGUUUUGAAUGGUUACUCCCUCCAGCACAAGCUUCUCCUCACAGGAACCCCUCUCCAGAAUAACCUGGAGGAGUUGUUUCAUUUGCUCAAUUUCCUGACACCGGAGCGAUUCAAUAACCUUGAGGGGUUCUUGGAAGAAUUUGCGGAUAUCGCAAAGGAAGAUCAGAUAAAGAAGCUUCACGACAUGCUGGGACCUCACAUGUUGCGUCGGCUCAAGGCAGAUGUUUUCAAAAACAUGCCAUCAAAGACAGAGUUGAUUGUGCGUGUGGAGCUUAGUCCUAUGCAGAAGAAAUAUUACAAGUUCAUUCUCACAAGAAACUUUGAGGCUCUGAACGCACGAGGAGGUGGCAACCAGGUGUCUCUCCUAAAUGUGGUGAUGGAUCUUAAGAAAUGCUGUAACCACCCCUACCUCUUCCCUGUGGCUGCUAUGGAAGCUCCAAAGAUGCCCAAUGGGAUGUAUGAUGGGAAUGCAUUGAUCAAAGGAGCUGGAAAACUGUUGCUCCUGCAGAAGAUGCUGCGGAAACUAAAGGACGAUGGACACAGGGUGCUGAUCUUCUCCCAGAUGACAAAGAUGCUGGACCUUCUCGAAGACUUUCUUGAACACGAGGGGUAUAAAUACGAGAGAAUAGAUGGUGGAAUCACUGGGAACAUGCGUCAGGAAGCCAUUGAUCGAUUUAAUGCUCCUGGGGCUCAGCAGUUCUGUUUCCUUUUGUCCACUCGUGCCGGAGGUUUGGGGAUUAAUCUCGCCACAGCAGAUACUGUGAUUAUUUAUGAUUCUGACUGGAACCCACACAAUGACAUUCAGGCUUUCAGCAGAGCUCACCGUAUUGGGCAAAACAAGAAGGUGAUGAUCUAUCGGUUUGUGACUCGUGCGUCUGUGGAGGAGAGGAUCACUCAAGUAGCAAAGAAGAAGAUGAUGCUCACCCACUUGGUUGUACGCCCCGGCUUGGGCUCCAAGACUGGCUCCAUGUCUAAGCAGGAACUGGACGAUAUUCUUAAAUUCGGAACGGAAGAGCUGUUCAAAGACGAGGCUACAGAAGGUAAGGAUUAUCCAGGAAGAUGACCUGAACCACAAUCUCUAUUGGUAUUUAUUGUUCAAGAUAUUAAAACUACCUGUUCCUAAGGUGGUGAGAACAAGGAGGGUGAAGAUGGAAGCGUUAUUCAUUACGAUGACAAGGCCAUAGCUCGUUUACUGGAUCGAAACCAGGAUGAAAUUGAAGACACCGAGAUCCAGGGAAUGAAUGAGUACCUGAGCUCCUUCAAGGUGGCGCAGUAUGUGGUCCGGGAAGAGGAGAUGGCGGAUGAAGAAGAGGUGGUCCGUGAGAUCAUUAAGCAAGAGGAGAGCGUUGAUCCGGAUUACUGGGAGAAGCUUCUCAGGCACCAUUAUGAGCAGCAGCAGGAAGACCUUGCUCGAAAUCUGGGCAAAGGAAAAAGAAUCCGCAAGCAGGUCAACUAUAAUGAUGGGAGCCAGGAAGAUCGAGAUUGGCAGGAUGACCAGUCUGAUAACCAGUCCGAUUAUUCUGUGGCUUCUGAGGAGGGCGAUGAAGAUUUCGAUGAACGCUCGGAAGCUGCUCGUCGGCCAAACAGAAAAGGUUUGCGAAAUGACAAAGACAAGCCUCUCCCGCCGCUCCUGGCACGUGUGGGUGGCAACAUUGAGGUUCUUGGAUUUAAUGCCCGACAGAGGAAGGCUUUCUUGAAUGCCAUCAUGCGCUAUGGAAUGCCCCCUCAGGAUGCCUUCACCACUCAAUGGCUGGUACGAGACCUCCGUGGCAAGUCAGAGAAAGAGUUCAAAGCCUACGUGUCCCUGUUUAUGCGCCAUCUCUGUGAACCUGGUGCCGACGGGGCAGAGACUUUCGCAGAUGGUGUUCCCAGAGAAGGUCUAUCUCGCCAGCAUGUUCUAACCAGAAUUGGAGUGAUGUCUCUCAUACGGAAGAAGGUCCAAGAGUUUGAGCACGUGAAUGGACGUUGGAGUAUGCCAGAGCUUGCAGAGGCUGAGGAGAAUAAGAAAGCUGCUCAGGUUGACUCUCCAUCACCCAAAACACCCACGCCAUCUACCCCAGGGGACACACAACCCAAUACACCAGCUCCUGUUCCUGCAAACGAGGAAAGCUCAAAAACUGAGGAAGGAGCAACUAAGGAGAACACAGAGAAGGAGGUCAAGCCUGAAGAAAGUAAUGAGGGUUCAGCGACUGCAGCAGAGACCCGGUCUCCUGUCGCUCCUGCUGAGGAGAAGCCGGAGGAGCCAGAGAGCAAGGAGAAGCCUCCAGCAUCUGAACCCAUGGAGACAGAUCAUAAACCAGAGCCAGAGAAAGUAGAUGAAGUCAUCACUCUGGAUGAUAAGAAAGAUGAUGUACAAGAAGUAACGUUGCAGAAUGGGGAGACUCCGAAGGAGCCGACUGAAGAGAAAGCCAAGCGCGCUCCGGCAACUGCUGCAAAACAGAGAUUCAUGUUUAACAUCGCGGACGGCGGCUUUACUGAACUCCACUCUUUGUGGCAAAACGAAGAAAGAGCAGCAACUGUUACCAAAAAGACAUAUGAAAUCUGGCAUCGUAGACAUGAUUACUGGCUGCUGUCCGGCAUCAUAAAUCAUGGUUACGCUCGUUGGCAAGACAUUCAGAACGACGUGAGGUACGCCAUACUCAACGAACCUUUCAAGGGAGAGGUGAACAGAGGCAACUUUCUGGAAAUCAAGAACAAGUUCCUCGCUCGGCGGUUUAAACUCCUGGAACAAGCACUUGUAAUAGAGGAGCAGCUUAGACGAGCUGCGUAUCUCAAUAUGUCUGAGGAUCCCUCCCACCCUUCCAUGGCACUGAAUACCAGGUUUGCCGAGGUCGAAUGCUUAGCGGAAAGUCACCAGCACCUCUCAAAGGAGUCAAUGGCGGGAAACAAGCCAGCAAACGCUGUUCUGCACAAAGUGCUCAAGCAGCUGGAAGAACUGCUGAGUGACAUGAAGGCAGAUGUCACCAGGCUCCCGGCCACCAUUGCCCGAAUCCCUCCAGUGGCUGUACGGUUGCAGAUGUCAGAAAGGAACAUCCUGAGCCGAUUAGCAAGCAGAGGGGGAGAACCGCAGCCCCAGCCGCAGAUGGCUCAGCAAUAACAAACCCCCUCCUCUGGUCAGGAGGUCCAAGUAUAUACACCCACCCCAGACAUUCCCUACUAGAAGCAGAAACCCAGGCAUGGGUUGCAGGACUUGCUACCACAUCCAGGGAGCCGACUCAGCAGAGCUGAACCCUACCCCGGAAACAUGAGCGACGUUCCCAGUCCCUAAGCAGUCCUGGACCUGUAAGGCGUUAACUGUGACUGCAUAGGCCUGAGGGCAGAUCAUAUGGUGCUGCUGCUUCAUACAUGGGGUUUAACCCCUCCCUUGGGGUUCAGGGUCACAUCACUUUCCCCAAAGGCCAGAAACUCACCCUUCGUGGAGGGGCAAACUGCAUUCUGAGUUCAGAAGGAAAUACUUAUUUUGUUUUUUUGUUUUUUUUGUCUUCUAAUUUUAUUUGCUCCAAUCCCCUCAAACUGCCCGAGGGGCGCAGGAGGGGUGUCUCCCAGGAAGGGCACCCUACCUCCAUCCUUUUUAAUACAGAACGCGUUGUCGCAUAAUAAUAAAACACAAAAUACUAUUCUGAA